AUGAAGUUUCGUGCGGCGUCUUACUUGCUCUUGCCUCCGCUCGUGCUCGCGUAUCCUUCGUCUGGUCCGGUUUGUGCGUCUCCGCAGAUAGCAACAGCAGGAGCAGACUCGUCGAAUACGUAUGAUUACAUUGUCACGGGUUCUGGGCCGGGAGGCGGGACGAUUGCUACUAAUCUUGCGCGCGCGGGUCACUCUGUGCUCUUGAUUGAAGCGGGUUCGGAUGCUUCGCUUGAUAUUCGGACUCAGAUUCUCGCGCUGAAUAGCUUUGGGAAUACAGACGUCACGUGGCAUUUCUUUGUCAAACAUGGUGAUGAUGAGGAGAGGUUGAAGCGGUAUAAUCUGCUGGUUUGGAGACUGGCAAAUGGAGAAUACUGGGUUGGACGAGACCCAACGGUUGAGGGCCAUGUUGGUGCUAAGAGACUCGGAAUCUUCUAUCCUCGCGGUGCGACACUUGGUGGAAGUGCCAUUGUAAACGCGGCAGCAACCUUCUUGCCAAGUGAGAGUGACUGGGAUAUCUUUGACCAAGGAACCGAAGAAGACCUCUGGAGGUUGGUUUCCUUGCAAUCGCAAUGCUUGUGUAUGUGUACUAACUGGGUUAGCGGCGAUCUGAUGCGCAAGUACUUUGAGAAGAUCGAGCAUAACAACUACCUUGAACCUGGCACCCCAGGCCAUGGGUUCACGGGCUGGCUUCAGACAAACAUAGCCGACCGUGCAUCUCAGCAAAUGGCUCCGCUUCGUCUCAAAAUCUACGAAGCAGCUCUGAAGCUCAUUGGCAGAGAACCAGAAAAGGUACUGGACUACAUCACCAGCGAUGGGAACUAUCUCGACCCAGCCCGCGAUCAAACUGAGGGAUUGUGGGCUUUGCCUUUCCAUGUCGGCCCGACAUGGAGGCGCUUCAGUCCGCGUGAUAUCAUUCUGCAGACGCGAAAUGAGACAACUGCGAACGGCACGCAAAAGUAUCCGCUCAAUCUGCAGCUCGAAUCCUUGGUCACCAAGGUGCUCUUCGAUACCUGCGGUGGCAAUGGCACAAAGCCACAAGCGGUGGGUGUCGAGUAUCUGCAAGGCAAAUCCGUAUACAAAGCGGAUCCACGACGGACUGCCAACACUACAGAAGGUGUCCUCAAGACAGCUUUUGCUCGCAAAGAAGUUAUUGUCUCAGGCGGUGCAUUCAACUCGCCCCAAAUCCUUCAACUUUCUGGUGUCGGUCCCAAAGCCCUUCUUGAAAAGUACGGUAUUCCAGUAGUCUCUGAUCUGCCCGGCGUAGGCCGUAACCUCCAGGACAAUUACGAAAUACCAAUGUAUGGCGAGGCGCAGAUCACCCUUACGGCCCCUCCUGACCCCAGUGCGCCAAACUGCACAUAUGGCGCACCUGGAGAUCCAUGCGUUGACCUUUGGCACAAGGGCGAGGGACCAUAUGCACGCGGUGGCGGCAACUCCAACGCCUUCCUGCUCAAGACGGCGCACGCCGUCGAAGAUGAGCGUGACAUGUUCAUGUUUGGCUUCCCUGGCAGCGUCUUCCGUGGUUUCGCGCCCCCGACAAGUCAGAAUCAGACGCGUGUUCCUCCGACAACCUUUUCUUGGUCUACGGUUAAGAUGCACCCACAAAACACUGCAGGGUACAUUCAGAUCCAGUCUGCUGAUCCCACAGAGCCCCCAGAGGUUAACCUGAACUACUUCGCCACUGGCGCGGAGACGGACAUGAGCGCCAUUCUGGAUGCACUGGCAUUUGUACGAAAGGCUUUUAGGACAACUGAGGGACCCGUUGGUCCUGUCACUUCAGUUUCCCCUCCUUGCCCUCCAUCUGACAUACUUGAGACUGGGUACUGUAAGGAUCUGGAGAUUGACAAGCAGUGGAUCGAGGACCAAGUAUUCGGCCAUCACCCAACGAGCACCAACAAGGUGGGCCCAGACUCUGAUCCAUUAGCUGUGCUUGACUCCCGGUUGAGGGUCAAGGGCGUAGAAGGUCUGCGUGUUGUUGACGCAAGUGCUUUCCCGAGAUGUCCGGGCGCAUUUCCAGCAGUCUCCACGUUCCUGCUGAGUUCGAGGGCAACGGAUCUAGUGUUGGAGGACGCUGCGAAGCGAUAG